AUGCCGGGGGGCAAGAGAGGGCUGGUGGCACCGCAGAACACCUUCCUGGAGAACAUCGUCCGGCGCUCAAGCGAAUCAAGUUUUUUGUUGGGAAAUGCCCAGAUUGUGGACUGGCCCGUAGUUUAUAGUAAUGACGGUUUUUGUAAACUCUCUGGAUAUCAUCGAGCUGACGUCAUGCAGAAGAGUAGCACUUGCAGUUUUAUGUAUGGUGAACUGACAGACAAGAAGACCAUUGAAAAAGUCAGACAGACUUUCGACAACUAUGAGUCAAACUGCUUUGAGAUUCUCCUCUACAAGAAAAACAGAACCCCAGUUUGGUUCUACAUGCAAAUUGCACCCAUAAGAAAUGAGCAUGAAAAAGUGGUUUUGUUCCUGUGCACUUUUAAGGAUAUCACUUUAUUCAAACAACCGAUUGAAGAUGAUUCAACAAAAGGUUGGACCAAGUUUGCUCGGCUGACGCGGGCCCUGACGAACAGCCGGAGCGUGCUGCAGCAGCUGACGCCCAUGAACAAGGCUGAGGUGGUGCACAAGCACUCCCGCUUAGCCGAGGUUCUGCAGCUGGGAUCUGAUAUUCUUCCUCAGUACAAACAAGAAGCUCCAAAGACUCCACCACACAUUAUACUACAUUAUUGUGCUUUUAAGACCACUUGGGACUGGGUCAUCUUAAUUCUAACCUUCUACACAGCAAUUAUGGUUCCAUAUAACGUCUCCUUCAAGACAAAACAGAACAAUAUUGCCUGGCUCGUGCUGGACAGUGUCGUGGACGUUAUUUUUCUGGUUGACAUUGUUUUGAACUUUCACACGACCUUUGUUGGCCCGGGUGGAGAGGUUAUAUCUGAUCCCAAACUCAUAAGGAUGAACUACCUGAAAACGUGGUUUGUGAUUGAUCUUCUGUCCUGUUUACCGUACGACAUAAUCAAUGCCUUUGAGAAUGUGGAUGAGGGGAUCAGUAGCCUCUUCAGUUCCCUAAAAGUGGUGCGUCUUCUACGACUCGGUCGAGUUGCCAGGAAGUUGGACCAUUAUCUGGAAUAUGGUGCUGCUGUACUGGUACUGUUGGUGUGUGUAUUUGGACUGGUGGCCCACUGGCUAGCCUGCAUAUGGUACAGCAUUGGGGACUACGAAGUUAUAGAUGAAGUCACUAAUACAAUUAAAAGAGACAGCUGGCUCUACCAGUUGGCACUGAGUAUCGGGACACCAUAUCGAUACAACACCACUGGCUCAGGGCAGUGGGAAGGAGGACCCAGUAAAGACUCCUUGUACAUAUCCUCUCUCUACUUUACCAUGACAAGCCUUACAACGAUAGGAUUUGGAAACAUAGCACCAACCACUGAUGGAGAGAAGAUUUUUUCGGUGGCCAUGAUGAUGGUUGGCUCUCUUCUUUAUGCAACUAUUUUUGGAAACGUCACCACCAUUUUCCAGCAAAUGUAUGCCAACACUAACCGAUACCAUGAGAUGCUGAACAAUGUGAGGGAUUUCCUAAAAUUAUAUCAAGUCCCAAAAGGCCUUAGCGAAAGAGUCAUGGAUUAUAUUGUCUCAACCUGGUCCAUGUCUAAAGGAAUUGACACAGAGAAGGUUCUCUCGAUUUGCCCAAAGGACAUGAGGGCAGAUAUUUGUGUGCACCUAAACCGGAAAGUUUUUAACGAGCACCCUGCCUUCCGGCUGGCUAGCGACGGCUGCCUGCGAGCCCUGGCUGUGGAGUUUCAGACGAUCCAUUGUGCCCCAGGAGACCUCAUCUAUCACGCUGGGGAAAGUGUUGAUGCUCUUUGCUUUGUGGUCUCAGGAUCCCUAGAAGUCAUCCAGGAUGACGAGGUGGUGGCUAUUUUAGGUAAAGGUGAUGUGUUUGGUGAUAUCUUCUGGAAGGAAACCAGUCUGGCCCAUGCGUGUGCCAAUGUGAGGGCCCUGACCUACUGCGAUUUACAUAUUAUUAAACGAGAAGCCUUGCUUAAAGUGUUGGACUUUUAUACUGCUUUUGCAAACUCCUUCUCAAGGAAUCUCACGCUCACCUGCAAUUUGAGGAAGCGGAUAAUCUUCCGGAAGAUCAGCGAUGUCAAAAAGGAAGAAGAGGAGCGCCUGCGCCAGAAGAACGAGGUGACGCUGAGCAUUCCUGUGGACCACCCUGUGCGGAAACUCUUCCAGAAAUUCAAACAGCAAAAGGAGAUGCGUAAUCAAGGCUCAACCCACAUCGACCCGGAAAGGAACCAGCUUCAGGUGGAAAGCCGGAGUGUGCAGAACGGGGCCUCCAUCACAGGCACCAGUGUGGUGACCGUGUCUCAGAUCACCCCUAUCCAGACAUCCCUGGCUUACAUGAAAAGCAGUGAGGCUGUGAAGCAGAACAACAGGGAUGCGAUGGAGCUCAAGCCAAAUGGAAAUGGAGACCAAAAAUGUCUGAAAGUAAACAGUCCCAUACGGAUGAAAAACGGGAAUGGGAAGGGGUGGCUUCGCCUGAAGAACACGAUGGGGACCCAUGAGGAGAAGAAGGAGGACUGGAACAACGUCACGAAGGCUGAGUCCAUGGGGUUGCUGUCGGACGACACGAAGUGCAAUGACUCAGAGAACGGUGUAAAUAAAAACCCACUGAGGAAAACAGACUCUUGUGACAGUGGAAUAACAAAAAGUGACCUUCGCUUGGAUAAAGCUGGUGAGACUCGCAGCCCGCUGGAGCACAGCCCCAUUCAGGCUGAUGCUAGGCAUCCUUUCUACCCUAUUCCUGAGCAGGCCUUACAAACCACGCUGCAGGAAGUCAAGCACGAACUCAAAGAAGAUAUCCAGCUGCUAAGCAGUAGGAUGGCUGCCCUUGAGAAGCAGGUGGCAGAAAUUUUAAAAAUAUUGUCCGAAAAGAACGUACCCCAGAUCUCUUCCCCCACGUCUCAUUUAUCACCUCAGCGGCCCCCCCAGAUACCCUGUCAGGAUAUUUUUAGUGUUUCAAGGCCUGCAUCACCUGAAUCAGAAAAAGAUGAAAUCCACUUUUAG